AUGACAUGUCCCGACGAGAACACUGAAUCGAGCAAAAAGGUUUCCAAAGCGCAUCAAGCUAUUUGGACCUAUGAUCUGAAGCUGGACCCCAGGACUAAUCUCCGCAAGUCUGAAGUCUUGAGCUAUGGAGGUCCAAAUGCCAGAUCCAUCUUGACAACCUACGUGCAUGCGCUUAAUUAUGAUUCCCUACGCUUCAUCGGCCCAGACGGAUGCGCCUACAUGUGGGUUACGAGCACCAAGGUAUCGUCCAUUCACGGCUCCAGGUAUGACACACUAAGACAUGCUCUCUUUGUUGCCAUGGGCAACAUCGCGGAUCCGCUUUAUGGCAGUAUCGUUGCAGAUCACUGCUUCUGGGACGGAUAUGGUGAUGGAAGUGGAGGGUCUUUGCCUGAUGAAUCGGUUCAUAUUCGUUCGGCAACUAUAGAUUCAGCGAUGGUUGUGGCAACAUUACAGGUGAUGAAAGAUUGGGAGAAGCAUACGCUCAGACAAGAGAAAAGGAAGAACCCCAAGGCCUUCGCAGCAGCGGAAGAGGAAGCCAGGGGUUGUGAGCUUGGAACCUUCAGCUAUUGGAAAGCUUGA